AUGAAUUCUUCUGCUGACAAAUAUAACACGGAACCUUUUGACAUACCUUCAGCGUCCAGUAAGGAAGAUUUUACGGCCCAGCUUCCCGUCGAGUUGCUCGUGGACAUCUUCCAGCGAGCUGUGAGCGAUUCAGAUCAAUUUCGUUUGGACGGAGGUCCGGAAAAGAGCAACGGUUCGCCGAUUUCAUCAAAAUGCGGUCUCGCAAGCGCCGUUGCUCUCUCGCACGUCUCUUCCCGCUGGAGGUCAAUAACAAUCAACGCAUCCAUUCUAUGGACGACAGUCAUCUUCAAUCUGGACUGUGAUAUGACCAUACUGGAUCACUUUUGCCGGGUGGUCUUUGGUCGUAUAGGCGGGGCGUAUUGUCGAAUUCAGAUCCAUGGGAUAAGGUUCCAGAGAUCAAAUGGAGAACUUGAGUACCCAAUCGAGAAACAUCCGAUACGGGUGUGUCGAAUACGACAGCAAAUGAACGUCGAGCUCCUCCGACUCUGUUUUCUCGCCGAAUACGAAUGUAAUCAUCCCCAGUUCCUCGAAUAUCUCCUUUCGUGUCAUGGGAAAAUAUUGGGUGUCAACAUCGACUGGGGUGAGGCGAUCCCCUCUCAAUCGUUCCAACCGGACGACUGUAGAUGGAGCCUCGGCAAAGUCAUUGAACGGGCUCCAUUUCUCAGAAGAAUUGAGUUGCACUAUGUGACUAUGUGCCUGCUCCUUGCGAACGAGCCGAACUGGCCAUUUAUCGAGGAGCUAACCCUCGAUACCGUCGAUGGCCCAUUGGCACUUUCCAAGCUCCUCUCCAAGCUACCAAAUCUACGGAAGUUUGCUCUUGUUGAGGAGUAUCCAGUGUGGACGAUGGACGAGUCUGAGACAAUGGUUCCAACAGAGCUGUCACAUCAGAACCUGAGGGAGAUAACUGUGAACAAAGUCUCAACUCUACGAUGGACUGGAGGCAAAACAUGCUUCCCGUCGCUUCAGCGCUUGUGCGUGAAGUCACACCGUCAACUCGACACCUUUCUGGCCGUGCACCUCCACAUUCAGACUCUGAUAGUAGGAGAGAAACAUUAUGGAAGUGCGAGGGAGUAUAUAGAUCGAAGAUGA